CAGCAUGAUGGUUCACAUUGCCUAUUCCACUGAAAUAGAUACACAUCAACUCGCCCACCUUUCAACUGGACCCACUUCCACGCCAUCCCGCCGUGUCGAACAUCUCUUCAAGCUAUACUGCGCGCCCUUAACAGUAGCCUUUCUCCCCUCCACCCUCUUCAUAUCCCCAAUAGCACCAAUCUACCCAUCGGGUGGGGACAUAUUCAAUUCACUGUCAUACGAAGUAGCUGCAUAUCUGCUAUCCAUAACCGGUAAAGCUUGGACUGACGUUGUCGGUCGUUACUAUCAUCCAGCCUAUGCGGUGGGAUCACUCUAACCCGACGAACAAGAGAAAACACCAAGAAACGGCAUAAAGCCUCCGAUCUUGACAGCUCUACGCCCUGUUCCUUGCCGCCAGCUUCUUACUGCUUCCCACCAACCUCCCCCUCAAGCACCCUCUUCAAAUCCUCGUUAAACCUUAUCCACCCCUUCUGUGUCUUCUCCUUCAUCCCCACCGCCCUCCCUACGACAUUAUCCCCCAUCAGUGCGUACCCCAACACACCCGAGAAGAACUCUUCCUGGGUAAACGUCGUCCCGUUUGGAGUCGUAUCAGAGGGGGAGAAGUAGAAAGAGUGUGUGCCGGUGAAGAUGAAGGGGAGAGACCCCGUCCAUGAGAAGUGGGUGGGUGUAUUUGUC